AUCUCCGUCACUCGCUGGCUCUAGGCAACUCAUCUUCUCAAGCGGACUACCUGGAGGCUAGGCGAUAAUACAUCUCUCUGGGAAUCAGGAUGCACAGUAUAUGGGCAAGGAUCAAUAAUACUUCGGCGCUGUUGUCGUCGUGUAUGAUGGCGCUGCUGGCUGCUAUCGCGGUCUCGAGUUUGCUGUUCACUGCUCAGCCGACAGGAGGCAAUGUUAACAUUGCUUCGAUACAAGUAUACCCCGGGCAGACAAGACGGUAUGCAACGAAACGUCAAGACCUUGCAUUUGUGGACUUUAAUAUCACUGCUGACUUGACUCCGCUGUUCAACUGGAAUACAAAGCAAAUAUUCCUGUACCUCCAGGCCGAAUAUAAUACUCGCAAAGGUGUCAAAAAUGAAGUUGUGAUUUGGGACCGUAUCGUUCGAAGCAAAGACCAGGCGAAGGUUAACGUCGUUGGAAAGAACAAAUACAACUUCCGCGAACUUUCGACCACUUUCAAAAACAUCGCGGCUGCCAACUAUACACUCAUGUACAAUGUCAUGCCCUAUGUCGGUGUUUUGACCUACGGAGAGGCCGCACGGACAACAGAGCCGGUCGAGUUUCCACCCCGCAAAACGCGUGUAUAGUAUCGUUGAAUGAGAAGCACCUCUUCCCGAUGA